AUGGGAAAUUGUAAAUCUUACUCUACUCAUUUUAAUGUGUACAAAAACAACACAAAUGAGUUAUAUGAAAACUUAAUAUGUAAUUUUAUUAAGGAGGAUAAAUUAUUUUUUUGUAGGAAGGCUUUUGUUGUUUAUGAAAUUUUAAAAAAAAAACUUGAAAAUUCAGAUUUAUAUGUUUAUUAUAUUAUAAGCUCUGUUCAAAGAAAGAAAGUGAAAAAUGCGGUUGCAUAUCUAAAUGAAGAUUACGAUAUCGAAGUUUUGAAUUUUUUUUUAAAAUUAUUUAAAAGAAUUAAUAAUGAAUAUUAUAAUAAUAUAUUUAAUUUUCAUUUGAGUAGUUACUAUAACUACCUUUUUCGCGAGGAUACCAAAUUUACUAAUUAUUCUGAACAAAUGAAUUUAUUAAGAAACAUGUAUGACUUCAUACGCUUGAAAUUUUUAAUGGAAAAUAUCUGUUUACAUGUAUAUUUUCAGAUGUAUGAUAAUUGCAAUGAAUAUUAUGAAUGGAAUGACAAUUUUUUAAUUGAAAAAUUGAAUAACAAUGAAAUAACAUAUGGAAAAUUAAAUGAAUCAUUACAAUUAAAUAAAAAAAUAAUGAGUAUAUCAAUAGAAAAAAACAAAAUUAUGCAUUUAAUAAAAAAAAGUUUUAAAAAAAUAGAAAAUUUUUGUAGAAAUAUUUUGCAUUGCAAUAUGUUUGAUAAUUUUAAAAUGUCAAAUGAAUUUUGUUUAUAUAUAUUACUUAAUAAUUAUAAAAUUAAAUGUAUUUUAUACAAUAUAUUUAAUAUCUUGAUCUUCAUAAAUAAUUAUUAUAAUAUAGAUACCAAAGAUGGUAUUUACAAAGAUUCAGAGAUAGAAAUAGAAAAAGAAAAAGGAAAUGUAAACUCAAAAAAAUUAUUUAAUGAUAAGUUAAACUAUUCGCUUGAACACACAAAUAUUUAUAAAACUUAUUUGUUCAUUUGUUUAUGCCUGAGCUUUGAUAAUAAAAAUGAAGAAGAUGUAUUAUUUAAUACACAUAUUAAUAUAAAUCAAAAUGAAAUUAGUUUCACUAAAUGUGUUAGUGAAUAUUUAGAUAUAUGUAUUUCAGAAAAAAAAUUAAAUAAGUUUUUCUCACAAGAAAUUAAAGAAAAAAAAAAAUAUUGCUUUUUAAAUUCUAUACAAAAUUCAUAUAUGAAUGAUAGCUUAAUAAAUACUCAUUAUAUAUGUCAAAAUCAAUAUAUAAAGAGUAUAUUAAAUAUUGGAAAUAGUAAUUAUUUUAUAAAAAAUAAUAUGAUGGUUUUUUGUUUUAUAUUAUUUGAAAAUUCACUUUAUGAAUUUCCAUGUAUAAGUAAUAAAUCAAAUAUUACUGAUCAUUAUAGUAAGUCAUUUACUGGAAUUAACAAAUAUUCUUUUUUGAAAAAAACUCGAUCAAAUGAUAAAACGUUAACAUUAAGAAGAAAAUUUUGGAAAAAAGUUUUUCAAAAUAAUAAUUUUGUACAAAAUGUUAAUGACGAAAAUAAAUCAGAUAUAAAAGGUUAUACUUCAAAUUCUGAUUUUAAAAAAAUUGACCAUGUAGAAUUUGACUUAAAUAAUAUAGGAUUUUUUAGAAUUGAUUUGUACAAUCUUAGAUUUGAAAGUGAUGAAAACUUUCAUGAAGACGUAGAAAAACAUAUAAAAUUGUAUACUAUUAAAAAAAAAAAUAAUAGUUAUAUUUAUGUAAAAAAAAAAGUAGAAAAUGAAACUGAUUUGAAACUAAUAGAAACUAUGAAAGAUAAUUAUACACAUGUAAUAAAUGUUUUAAAAACUAUGAGAAACAAAGAAAUAUGCUAUAUUUCAGCUGUAAGUGAUUCUAAUGAGUCACUUAAGAUAAAAAAAGAAAAUGAUAUACAAGUAAAUGGAAAUAUUGUUGGAAUUAAACAUAAUGAUUAUUCUUGUAAAUCUAAAUGUAGUGAUAAAAUAUUUAAAAAAGAAACAAAAAAUAUGAAUUCAAAAAAUAAGCAUUUCAAUUAUAUGAAUUCAGGUUCAAAAAUAUAUAUUACUGAAGAAAAUAAUACUAAAAUUUCAAAUGAAAAUAAUGUUACAAAAUCAAAUUGUUAUGAGAAUAUAUCACAAGAAUAUGAAAAAAAAUCUAAUAACUCAAAAAUAAGAAAUAAAUUAAAAAAACCUUUUUUUAUAGGUAUACAUGACACCUUUGUUCCUUUUGAGAUAGAAAAUCUGAUAUUCAAACUAAAAGAUUUUUACAACACCAAUGAAAAGGUAACUAAAAAAAAAAAUACAAUUUAUAAAGAAGAAAUACAUAAUAAUAUGCGAACAAGCCUAGAACAAAAAGAGAAUAAUUCAGUAUACGAAAAUAAAAGAGAAAAAGAAAAGAAAAUAACGAAUAAAAAUAAAAAAAAUGAAGUACAACUGGAAAAAGAGAUAACAUAUGAGAACAAAAAUAUAAAAGAAAAUAGUAGUGUUGAAUAUGAAAAUAUAUUUAAUAAAGAAGAUAACAAAUAUAAAAUUAUAAAUAACAAAGAAAGUAUAUUUAAAAACGAAAAUAGGGAUAUAGUAGAACAAUGUGUGGUAAAUAAACUUAAAAAUAAAUACAAAGAAAUAAACGAAGAAAAUAAAGAAAAUCUUAAUUUUAAUGGGACAUUUAAUUUUGAAAAUGAUUCAGAUACAUUAGAUUUUAAUGAAGUUCAUGAAAAUCCUAUUAUGUUAAAAUUAUGGAAAAAGUUUAAAGAUGAAGAAAAUUUACAGGAAAUAUUAAAAAAUUAUAAUAUCAAAGAUAAAAAUGAAAAAAUUCAAGAAUUUUUAAAUAAAAUUGAAGUUUAUAGUGAAAUGAAAAAUGAGAAAAUUAUGACAACUUAUAAGAAUUAUCAAAAUUCAGAUAUUUUCUUAGUUGAUAAUAUGGAAACUAUUCAAAAUGAAAAGAAUGUAAAUAUUAAUGAAAAAGAAAAAGAAGAAGAAGAAAACUAUUUAGAAAUUGAUCAAAUAGAUGUAGAAAAGUAUGAAGAAAAAUAUGAAAAGAAAAGUAUUGAUUUUUUGAAAAUAUUUAUUCAACAUAAGAAUAUUGGUGAAAUGAAUUACUUCGUAAAUAAAAAAAAUAUAAAUAUUUCUUUUAAUAUGUUUAAAAUACAUGAAGGAAAAAAAAAAUUAAUACUUAGUACAUAUACUAAUUCAAAAAAAAUAUCUCUUAAAAAUUAUCAUGAAGAGAAAAUUGAUUAUAAUAUUACACUGAAUAAAGAUGAAUGUUUUAAAUAUAUAAUAGACUUGUUGUUUCUACAUUUAAAUUAUAACAGAUUAUAUUUUAUAUAUAUCCCAAAAAAGUUAAUAGAUACUAGUAAUAUGAAAUUUCCAAAUGAUUUAUUUCUGAGUCAUAUGUGCUGUAAUUGUGAUAUUAUAUUAGAAAAUCUAUAUAUUACACCAGGAGAUUUACUAGGAAAUUAUAUGGUGAAUAAUUAUGUAUCCGUUUAUUUUGAAAAAACUAAUUUUAUAACACUCGUUUUAUUUCUUUUAUUUGAUAUAAUAAAAAUUUAUAACAAAAUAAAAAAACUACAAUGCUAUUUUGAAAGUAUAUGCAAAAAAUUUAUGAAAAAUUUUCAUGACUACUUCAACACAAGGCAUAAAAAAGUAAAUUAUGAUUUGUGUAAAAUAAAAAAAAGAAAAAUUUUAUCAAUUCCUAAUGAACUGUUAAAAAAAAAAAAUGUUAAAAAAUCAGAGCAUAAUUUAAGUAAUGAUAUUAAUAUUUCUUCUUCGAAGCAUUACUCUAAUUUUAGUGAGGAAUAUAUAAGCGCAAAAAAAGAUAAUAAUGUAGAUAAAAAAUCUUUAAUUAUUAACGUUUCUUCCACUUUAAAUUCAGAAAAUUACACAAAUAAUAUUAAUAAUAAUAAUAACAUUAAUAGUAAUAUUAAUAAUAAUGAGAAUAAUAUAUUUAAUAAUUAUUACUUAAAUAAAGCGAAUAAUGAAAAUCCUUUUAAUAAUGGAUAUAAAUACAAAAAUAUAUAUAUAAAAAUAAUUGACUUGAAACUUUAUGAAUUUAUUAAUGAUUAUAUAAAUUACAUAAAAGAAAAUAAUAGUUGUUACUCUUUAUGUCCUUAUAUAUUUGUUUACAAAUUUGAAAGCCUAUGUUUUCUUUUUAUUCCAGUGUGUAAUAACUUUUAUUUAAUUUUCUAUCUCUUUUUUUUUCAUUUUCUUAAUUGUUCAGACUUUUUUAAUUUUAGAAGAUGCUUUAACGGAAGUAAUAACCAUGAAUAUAUUUCAAAAAUGAAUUCUAUAUUGCCAAGUAAUAAUAACUUUUUGCAUAUUAAUAAUGUAAUUAAAAUAUUAAAUAUCCAUAAAAAUAAUAAAACAUAUAUUAAAUAUAUUUCAUUGAAUAAACGAAUUGAGAAUAAAAACAUUCCCCAGUAUUAUAAAUGGAUAAAAAAUAAAAUUAUUAUUGACAUAAGAAACUCUUUUUCUUCACCCUAUUUUAUUCGUACGAACAAUUUUUGUAAUUUCGUUGAAAAUACAAAUUUACAUAUAAAUCUAAAGAAAUUAUACUUAAAUAAAGAUCAUAUAUUUACUUUUAAAUUGGAUAAAAGGAUAAAACAAAAUGAAAAAAUUUCAAAUGUUAAUGACAUUAUAUAUAUGUUUAAUCACUCUUUUAAUAUUUUUACAUACCUCUAUGAUGAAAAAAAAUCUACUAGAAGUAAAGAGUUAUUUUAUCAUAGUAAAUAUAUCAUUAUUCCUUAUUUUGAAGACAUAUACAUAAACAAAAAUAAUUUACAUAUAUAUUUGAAAAUUCAAGAAACUCGUAGAAAUUUCUUUAAAAGUGAUAAAACAUGUGUGAAUCAGAAUCAGAAUCAUAAUCAGAAAAGAGAUUAUGAACAGUUUAAAAAAGAAUCAAAUAAUGGAAACAUGAGUAAAGAAGAACAAGUAAAAAUUCAUAAAUACUCUUUUAUUUAUAACAUAUAUGAAAAUUGCAAUGACACCUUUAUAAAUUAUUUUUAUUUCUUAAUAAAUAAAUUAAUAUUAGAAGCAGUCAGUGAGAUAAAAUCAAAUAAUUUUUUAAACAUUAGUCAUCUUUUAAAUUUAUUAGAUAAGUAUGAAGUGAAUUUUGAUAUUUAUUUUUGGGUAUUAUACGAUAAUUAUAUGAAUAUUUACAAAAAAUAUUGUAUCCAUGCAGAACUAGUAAAAUUUUUCAAUAAUAAUAAUCGAAAUAAAACAUAUAAUUUUGAUUACUUAAAAAAAAUAAAAUAUAAUUGCUGUAAUAAAAAAAAAUUUUAUAUGAAAAGGAUUUUAAUAUUUUCAGUAUGUUUAUUAGUAUCCUUUAUUUGUAAAAGAAUUUUUGAGUUUUUUGUAACAGACUUAAAUUAUUCAUAUGAAUAUGUGUUGAGUAGCAUAUGCUUCUUCUUUUUUUCAAAAAACGCAAAAGAAAAAAUAAAUAAUGAUCUAUACUUGAAUAUUCUAAAAUCUAUUUAUUUUAAUUUAUUUUUUUCAUUAAGCUUCGUUUUGCAAUAUAUUCCUCUAAGAGUUCAACAUUUAAAUUUAUUUAAAAUUAUAAAAAAGGUUAAAAAAUAUAAAAUUAUUUUGUCUAUUUGUUUAAAUUAUGUCUGUGGUAUAAAUUUACCUUUUUACAUUUUUUAUGAAAUUCAAAAUAUGCCCUACACUUUAAUGAACGAUUUUUUUUUAUUUGAAAAGAAAAUAUGGAAUAUGAAUGUUAAAAAAUCUGAAUUAAUGGAUUCAAUAAAUACUAAUGAAUUUGGAGAAAAUUAUUAUGAUGAAUUUAACUUUAAAAUUAAAAGCGAAAAGGAAAAAAUAAAUUGGAUUAAUGAAAAUCUCGAUUUUAGUGUUUCUAAUGAUUCCUUACAUUUUUUUAAAAGUAAAAAAGUUAAUAAGAAAAUUUACAAAUAUUUUCAUGAGAAUUUUAAAAAAAAUAAAAAUUUAAAUCUUAUAAAUCUUAUUAUUAAAAUGAAUUUUAUUUCGUGUUUGAAUAUUUUUAAGUUUCAUGAUUUUCAACAUGCUUCAAAUAAUAUACUUAGUUAUUUCAAGUAUGGUAGUUUUCAGAAUUUCAAACAAAACUGUAGACAUGAUGAUUUAUAUAUUAUAAUUUUUUCUAAUUUUGUUAGUUUUAUGUCAUUAUUUAGGAGUAUAAGUAAUUAUGAAAUAAAUGAGUAUCAAAACACAAGGAAUUUUAGUUAUUCAAACCAUGAUAGUAAUGAUUUAAAAAAAAUUUCAUCAAGUGAAAAAUUAGAUGUUACAAAAAAAAAAUUAGAGUAUUGUGAAAUAAAUGAAUAUUUAAAAGAACCAACUAUGACAUUAGAAAACAAUUAUAGUUUAAUGAAAGUCAGUAGUGAUUUACUUCCUUAUGGAGAAUAUAAUUUAAAGGAAAAAAUGAUUUUCGAUAUUUUGCUAAAAAUAAUAGAAACAAAGUAUAGUUAUUUAUUAAUUAUUUUACCAAUAUUUGCAAAAGAAAAUUUUAACUUGUUAACUGAUGAUUUAAAAAUUUAUCUAAUAAAUAUUUUUUUUUUUAUUUUCAUUAGAACAGAUAAAUAUAAAAUAUGUAAAAAGAAAAAAAAAAAUAAAAUAAAAAAUUUAAGUAAAAUAAAUAAAUAUUAUUUUAAUAAAGAAGAAAAUAAUGAUAUAUUUCACUCAAGAAAAAAAAAUAGUGCUUUAAACAAUUCGGAUUCGGAAAAUUUUUUCUUCAGCUCAUUUGAUUUUUCGAAGGACAAUUAUUUUGAAACAGAAAAAAAAAAACAGUUAGAUAAUGAAAAUGAAACGAAAGAUAAAUAUGAAAGUAUAUAUGAAAUUGAAACUGAUGUUUCCGAAUAUGAAAUGGAAUCUGAAACGGACACUGAAAUGGAAACUGAAACAGAUACUAACGUAGAAACAGAAAAUAGAAGUAAAAAUGAAAAUAUAAAUUAUACAUACUUUAUCAAUGAAGAAAGUUCAUUUAAUCAUUUUAAAGAUCAAAUGAAAAUUAUUUUAUUAGAUAAUUAUCACAAUAUUUACCUAAUAGAGUUUUUCCUUAAAAUUGUUUUAAGAAUAAUUCCUUUUUAUAAUAUAAAAAACAAAAAUAAGCAUAUAAAUGUGCUCAAAUCAUCAAUUAUAUAUAACUCAAAAAUAAUAAUAAGUUUCUUAAUAUCAUUUAAAAAUAUUAUUUUAUCAAUGAAAAAUAAUUUCUAUGUAUUUAUUUAUUAUUUCUUCGUAAAUGGAUACAUAUCACUAAUUUUAUUAGAUGUGCAUAGGGCUUUUAAAUAUUUUAAAAAAAUGUUUCUCCUUAUAAUAUUUUUUUUUGGAAAUCCUAUAUUUUCAUUAAAUUAUCACCCAUUUCUAAUAUAUGUGACUUAUAUUUUAUAUGUUUUAACAAUUUUAUCAAAGUUAAAUUUAAUAAAUUUUUAUAAAAAUUUAAAGGAGAAAAAAAUGAUUGAUGAAAGUUAUGAAAAAAUAAAUAUAUAUGAUAAUAAUAAUGAGAGGAUAAAGGAUCAAUUACACUAUAAUAAAAAAAUUGAUUCAAAUAAUGUUUGGAUGAAACAGAAAUAUGAAAUAUGGAUGUAUUUGGAAAUAAUUCGUAAAAUUAAAAGAAAUUACACAAAAUUUAAUAAUAACAUUUAUUUAGUUCCUUUGAAUUAUUCUUUUAUAAAUAUGAAAAAAAUUUUUAGGAAGUACAUAGAAGAAAAAGUUGAAAACUUUGGAAAUAUAAACGUUUAUGAAAUAAAAAAGAACUUUGUUAAAAAAAAAAUAAAUAAUAUAAAAAAAAAAAAAAACAAUGAUAAUUUUUUUUUAUUAAAAGAGAUGAAUAUAAAUGAUAAAUUAAUAGAUAAAAAUUUACCUAUAAACAUUAAUAAUAAUUUUGUAGCAUUAUAUCCAACAGUUAAAAAUGUUAAAGUUCCAAGAAUUUAUCUUGUAGAAGACAUUUUUAAAUCAUUAUCAUCUAGUGAUUUUGAAAAAAAAAAAAAUUUCAGCAACCAUAAAACAUUCACAAAAAUAAAAAAUAACUCUAAUAAAAUAAAAGAAUUUAAAUGCCAAAAUAAAGAAAAGAAAAAUAAUGAAGGUCUAAAACAGGAAAAGGAAGAAAAAAAAGAAAAAGAAAGAGAGAGAAAAAAAAAAAAAAAUGUAUUUAUAAACCCUAAUAUUUUUCCAAUAAAUAAUUUCCCUUAUGAAAAAUCUGAAUGUAUAAAAGAUGAAAAUAAUAAUAAAUCAGUACAUGGAAUUGUUCAUAAAAAAGAUAUAAGUAAUGUAUUAUUAUAUAACUUAAUAUACAUAAACAAAAUGAAUAGGAAAUUAAAUAAUUGUAAAUUCGUUUUUUUUAAUUUUAAAUAUUACAAUUAUAAGAAAAUAAUUUCAAAUGAAAAUAUUUACUAUAAAAUGAUACUGGAAAAUUUCAAGAAAAAAUUAUGCGAAAAUUAUUAUGCCUAUACUUUUGGAAAUAAUGAAGACGGAAGUCUUGCUAUUGGAAAACCUUCUUACCUAAAGUUAACUCCAACUAUUGGUUCAAUAGGAUAUGAGAAAAAUAAGAAGAGUGUAAAAAAAGGUACAGACUUUUGGUUUACAAAUAAUUUACAGUUAAUUCCUAUUAAAAUUAAAAAAAUAUGUAUGAAUGAAAGUAUGAUAUCUAUAAUUGAUAAGAAACAUAAUUUAUAUAUUGCUGGAAAUAACACAUUUACUGAAAUAAAAAAUGAGCUACUUUUCAAAAAUAAAAAUGGAAAAGCAAAAUAUAAAGAAAAACAAAAAAAUAUAGAAAAUAAUCCAAUAAAUAUCAGUAAUAAAAUAAAAAUUGAUAAAUUCUUUAUAAAUUUAAGGUUAAAAAAGAUGAAAAAAUAUGGAAAAUACUUCUUUGAUUAUAAUAGCUCAUCUUGCGAUAGUGAUAAUCUUAUAUUUGGAAAUUCACUGGAAAGUAAGGGAACUACAAAUUUUUUAAAAUCACAUUUUCACAAUGAAAAAUUAUAUGAGCUCUAUAAAAAAAGUGAAAAUAAAAUUAAAUGUAACUCUUGUUUGUGUGCAUCAUUAAAUUCAAUAUCUGAUAACUUUAGUUCAUGUAAAAGUGACAUACUUUCUUCUUUUGAUAGUGAAGAUAGUGAUAAUACAUAUAUUAAAGUUAAAGAUAAGGAAGAAAUAAACAAAAACAUGAAUGUAAAUAUUUUAUUGAAAAGUGAAGAUAAGUGUUUUUAUGUAAAAAAGAAAAAUUAUUCUUUAAAAAAAAUUUCAAUAGAUGAUUUUAAUAUUUAUAAUAGUAUAUUGUAUUCUUCAUCAUAUGCAAAUCAAUAUUUAACACAAAUUCUACCUAAUCAGAGACCAUCUAUCAAAUCUUUGAAAAAAUAUUUUAAACAAAAAUCUACAGAAAAUGUGGAUAAAAAAAAAAAAAAUUAUGAACAUAAUAAAUAUUCACAGAAAAAACAAUUACAAGAACAAGAACUACAACAAGAAGAACAAGAACAAAGAAAAAAUGAUAAAGAAAGUUAUAAGAAAAAUGGAAUAGCAAAAGGAAAGAAUGAAAAAAUAUUACUAGAUAACAACCAAAAUAAUAAUAAAUUCAUAUAUAAUUUUAUACGUGACAUAAAAACAAGAAUCAAAUUUACUGAUAUUUUUAACGGUUCAGAUUUUGUUAUAUCAAUAAAUAAUUUCGGUCAUGUAUAUUCAUGGGGGAAUAAUAAAUAUGGGUGCUUAGGAACUGGUGAUAAUAUUAAUAGGUACUCUCCUACCUUAAUUAAUCCUGGUCAUUUUUUUUUGUAUGAUUUUGAAAAAUUGCAGAUACAUACAAAUUAUAAAACAGAAAUAAAAAUAAAAGGAAUAGAAAAUAUAAAUAGCAGAUGCUGUGAAAAUAUCUUAUAUAAUUCCUUAAUUCUAGAUACAAUAAAAAAGAAUAUUCAUAAUAAAAAUAUAAAUUCACAGAAUAAUUUAAAAGAACCUAGUAUAAAAUAUAAUGAAGUUGAUAGAAAGUUUUCCAACUCCAACAAUUUUAUAGGUGUAAAUAAAUGUAAAGAUGAAGACUUCUUUACAUUAAAAACAGAUAAUAUAUAUACAUCAGAACAUAUGUUUAAUUUUGAAAACUUAGGGAUUAAAAAUAUAACUAUAAGCGUACAGAAAAUAUAUGUUCCUAUUAGUUCCAUUUGUUGUGGAAAUAAUCAUGUUUGUGCAUAUUCUAAUGGAUCUAUAUUUAUGUGGGGUGAACAAAAAUUAGGUCAAACAUCUAUUCCUUUUGAAAAUAUUUAUUUCGACUUCAAUAGAACCCAUUUUUCGGAUAGUGAUUCAACUUAUAAAAAAAAUAAUAAUGAAAAAACAGAAGAUGAAAUAAAUAAAAAUUCGGAACUUUUAUCUUCUUCUACAUCAUCUGAUAAUUACUACUUUCAUGUGAUGCAUAAGAAGAAAAUAGAGAAUGGAAAAAAUAAGUUUAACAAAAAUAAAAUAUUAUGUUGUAAAAAAAAAUUCAAUUUUAAUGUUAAAAAUCCAAUUCAAAAUUAUUUUAACAUAACAAAUAAUGAUAUUCUUCUCAAUAACAAAAAAUUAAAAUUGUAUUCUAAUCUAAAUUCAGUUAACACAAAAAGAAAAAAAAUUAACAAUGAUUUAGUUCUUGUACCAGUUCAAGUUUGUUUAUUCAAUUUAUCAUACAGAAUUAAAAAAAACAAAAGCAAUAUAAAUAAUAAAUAUGUUACAAUAGACUAUGUUGAACCUAAAGCUAAAAGCAAUGAAGAUUUAAUAAAUACAAAAUAUAAUUUCUCUAGUUUUGAAAGUUCUGAUGAUUAUAAUAAUAAAACAAUUAAUAAAAAUGCACAAAAAAAUAUGGAAAUACGAAAUAUGAAUUUUAAAAAUAAAUCUAAAUAUAUUAGAGUAUAUGAUUACCUAGAAACAUUUAUAAAGGCCGAAGUAGUCAAUAUAUAUAUGAGCCUUUUUAGAAAUGACAUUAAUAUUUAUACUAAUAUUCCGAAUAAUAUUAAUAUUAAUCCGUAUAUAUAUGGAAUGAAGUUUUAUGAUUACAACUUUUAUGAUGAAAAUUAUUUGAAUGUACAGGAUUAUUAUGAUGAAGUAUUAUAUAAAAAAGAAACUAAUAACAAAAAUAAAAAUUUACACAUUUCAAAUGAAAAUUAUUACGUUGUCCAUGAUGAUAUAAAUAAAAAAUUAAAUAAUGAAAGAAUUGAUAAAAAUGAAGAAAAUUGCUUAAAACCACAAAAAAACAUUGACCUACUUAAUAUUGAUGACCCCAAUAAAUUUGUAAAAUUAAUGAAAGAAAAUAAAAUUAUUAAUCCGCAAAUUUAUGAAUACAUUGAAAAGGAGGAAACUGUGUGUAUCAACAUUAAAUUAAUUAUUUUUUUAUUUUUGUUUAUAAAAAAAAAGUAUAUGACAAUUUUCUUGAAUAGUAUUAUGAUGGUGUCAAAUGUAUCCUGCGGUGAAGCAAAUACUAUAAUAACAUGUUUUAAAAAAAGUAUUUAUGACAAAUAUUAUCAAUAUAUAAUGAAAAAUAUUACUUGUUCAGAAAAUUAUAAGCAUUUGAAAAGUGAGAAAUUGCAGUCAAAAUUAAACUUAACUGUUCCAGAAUAUGAUUUAAACUCUGUAAGUGAAAAAAGUGAAUUUAUUUAUAGAAACGAUAUAUAUGACACCAAAAAUUAUACAAGCACAAUAGUAAAUUGGGGAGACAAGUCAUUUGAUGAGUAUAAUAUUAUAAAUUCAUCUCUUUCAUGUUCCGACACAUCACGUUUCAGUCGAAUGAUAGAAGAAAUAUUAGCAAAUUAUAUGUGUAUUUAUGUAAGUGGUAGGGAUACAAAUAAUAAUUUAUGUAUAAAUAAUAUUAACCAGAGUGUAUACACAUUCACCCGAAUUACAAAUAAUUUUUUCUAUUAUAAUUUUAAUUAUUUUUUGUUUCUCUAUAAAUAUAAUUAUUAUCUUUAUUAUAUACAUAAAAAUAACGUUCACAUUAACCAUAACAAUGAUACUACUUAUAUACAAAGCAAUCCUCUUACCUCCUUUAAAAAUAAGUUUAACACAUUUGUAACUAAAGAAAAUAAUAUAAAUGUAACUAAUUCUAAAAUUCAAGGUGUUUCACCAAAUAAGUUUAUAAUUAUAAAAAAAAUAGUUUGUAGUAAUACUGUUACUUGUCUUGUUGAUACACACAAUAAUGUUUAUAUGGCUGGGGAUGUAAAAUAUUAUUUUCCUAACUUUUUUCAUCACAUAGCUUACGCAUCAUCACCUUUUAUAAAAAUAAAUUUGAAUAAUACAAAAACGAUAAAAAAUAUUUCAUUUAACCCAAAUAAUAUAUUUUUAAUAUAUGAUGAUCACUCUUUUGAAAUACUAGGCUAUAAUGAUUAUAUUGAUUUCUUUAAAUAUAUUCAUCCUAUAUUUUUUACUAAUAAAUAUGUACAGAAGCAUUCAUACAAUAUGUUGAAAAUACCCAAUUCAGAUUUUUUAGUAAAGCAAGUGCAAACAGGAAGCAACUGUGUUAUUUUUGUUAUGAAAAAGAAAAAACGGAAGAAAAAAAUAAGAAAAUCAAGCACUUGA